CGACAAGAGUACAGAGCUUGCAAAUAGAAGCUAACCUUCUCAAAGACACCACAAAAAAAGCAGUAAAAAUCUCAAACAAACAAAAAACCUCAAAAAUGGCGAUCUUAACAGCAUCACCGACGCAAAAAGGGAUAGUAAUAACAGUUCCAGUUCUAGUUCUAUCAGUAUCAGCAACAGCGCUCAUGUGUUUUCUUCUUCUAUCCACGUCAUCUUCUUGCAACUGCCCGGUUCCUUCUUCUCCGUCGUCUUCAGACCGUUUUAGCGGCGGAAAUCGUGAGUUCGGAGACGCUACGGAGAGAAUAUCAACGACGGAAGAGGAUAUUCAAUGGGGCAAAGAUCAGAUCCGUAUUAAUGGAUUGCAUAUGCAAAAUAAUUCUCUUAGGAAAGGAAUUAACCCUCGAACUAGGGCUCAUCAAUUAAUAGAUCUUAAUCAAUAUAAGGGUAUCUCACACUAUGAAGGGACAGACUGGAAAAAUCAUAUUGCACUUCCAUGCCCCGGUGAGCUUCUUGUGGAAGAGCAUCACAGUAACUAUGGGGAGCCAUGGGCGGGUGGGCGAGACGUGUUUGAGUUCCUAGCUGAAUCUGCUCGCUUAUCACGCGGCUCACAAGUGCUUGAGAUCGGAUGUGGUACACUCCGUGUAGGCUUGCAUUUUAUUCGGUAUCUUAGUCCAGGGCGUUAUCACUGUCUUGAAAGAGAUGAGCUCUCUCUAAUGGCUGCAUUUAGAUAUGAGCUUCCUGCUGCGGGUCUUUUGCAGAAGCGACCGCUAAUUGUGCGAGGCGAAGAUAUGGAUUUUUCUAAGUUUGGUUCGGGGGUUAUGUAUGAUCUUAUAUAUGCUAGUGCUGUUUUUCUUCAUAUGCCUGAUAAGCUUGUUUGGGUUGGAUUGGAAAGAUUAGCGAGUAAGUUAAAACCCUAUGAUGGCCGAAUAUUUGUGUCGCACAAUAUCAAAUUUUGUUCAAGACUGGGAGGUGAGGAAUGUACCAAGAGGCUAACAAAUUUGGGACUUGAGUACCUGGGAAAACACACCCACGAUAGCUUGCUUUUUAAUCACUACGAAAGUUGGUUUGAGUUUAAAAGAUUCAAAGCCUGAGAGGUGUAGUAGAUCUACUUGUCUUGGCUUUAUGCUGAUGCUGGAACGAGGUUGCCCUGGUGCUGUAUACUCCUUUUUGUUAUUUUCUGAUGACUUACCUCAUAAUCUACGGGGCCUAGCUUAAUCAUACUGUUGAUAGUUGUAAGUAGGAGGGAUAGUCAAUGAUCUUGCAGAUUUUUAUUGGGGAAAUCAUCUCAAUCUAGUCUCAGUUUGUAUUUUGUAAGUGUAUUGAGUGAAACUUUUAUUCUAAGGAUUCACUAAUUACUUAGGCGUAGGCCGUGAAAAGAAUUUUGCACCAUUAAUUUAAAAAAAAAACGUGUGAAACAUAUAGAUUAUUUUUCAGAUUUUUAUGCAAUAAAUUUAUCGUUGCUCAAAA